AUGCCUUGCUUUAAAGGGCUGGCAGUGAGUAUCCAUACCCCGGACGGCCCCCUGUCCGAAUUUUCCGUGCAACGCCAAUCUCGCCAAUCCCGCAUCGCCUGCUUUAUCCCUGUGCCCGGAGCAAAGCUCGAUGACCAGGGAAAAGCACAACAAUCUACCUUUGCCGUUUCCAUCACACUACUAAAUCCCGGACAGAGCGUUCCAUACUCAACUCCCAAACCCACCUCAGAAAACCCGAACCCAAAGCCUCAGAUUGUUGGUGGAUUGCCUGGCAAAACAGAUGAACGUGGACAGUAUAUAGGCUCGGUUGGCCCAUAUCAACCCUUAACGGGCUCUUUGAAUGAAACUGUCGCUGCUUAUAUAUACUUUGACGGACGCCAAAAGGAAGAAGUCGCAACGCUACUACGCAGGGGCGAAGAGACCUGGGUCAAUUCGCGCUGGGUAAGCGUCCCUGACUCAGAAGGCGGUGGGCUAGCCGAGCGGGAGUUUCUUUUCCGAGAAGUCGGGCUUGAACGUUGGCUGAAUGGGUUAGACCUAGAAGGUAAAGAUGCAGCAGCCAAGAUCGAGCGACGGAGACAAAAAAUGGAAAAGCGAAGGCUGAAGGAAGGCUCCGGCCAAGCUGGGGACAUGAACAUGGGAGACUCCGCAUCAGCCUCAAAGAGAAGUCAGGAUAUUAUGCGCUAUGGUGACGAUGCGAAAUCACCUCUAGAAAAUUUGUCAGAUGAAGGUUCUUUUUCAUCUGAUUCAGACGAUGAUCCUAUACCCGAAUCUGCCGGUCAAAUCAAGGUCGCCUUAUUCCGAGUGAUUGCUUCCGGUGAAGUCAAGAGAGGCGAAUACUCUCCACAAUUUGAUGCCCACGACGACGACGAUGAAUCCGGUGGCCAAGGCGGAAACGGUUCAGCAGAUGUUGACCAUACCACCAGUUUUGCGAAACCCAAAACACUAGACCCAAAGACAAUUAGCACCCAAACCGUGACGGGGAUUGACCCUACUGAUAAGCCCUAUGCGGUAUUCACAUUUAUGUACCGUGGUGAACGUCAAUUACAAAAGAUGGGUAUUUUCAAGUCGAAAUCCCCCGAAAAGGAAACGACUGUGAAGAGAAAGUCAACUGACUUUGCUAAUCUGCCACCCCUGAAACCAGGUGGUGCCGUCGGUUUCAUGAAUUAUCGUGAAGGUGACCUUUCAAAUAAGGCGAAGGGGAAAAAGGCAAAGAAGACAAGCGAAAGUGAUAUGGACAGCGACGAAGACGACGAAGAUGCGAUCGCUGCAAAGGCUGAAGAAGAAGAAACCAAUGGUACCACACACCUGUCUCCCGAUGACAUUCGUCGGCAAGGUGACUUGGCUGAAGGCGUGCGAAAGAUUAAGUUGAAACGUCAGCAUUCAGCUGAGCCGAUGGGAGACAAUGUCUCUAGUUCGAAUACCCCUGCAUCAGGGACCACUCCUCCUGCAUCCAAUGAUGCAUUAUCGACAACUCCACCACAUGUCCCGGCUGCUACCGCCAGCUCUGGAGCAGCUGAAGGCAUUAGCAGCCUUUCUGAAGCCUUGAACAGCGAAUAUGUUGGCAGCCCCCUCAAAAAACCGAGGGCUAGUGUAUCUACCAUGGAUGAGGAUGGACUUCGGAAGCGGCUUGGGUCCAACCUUGCCAACAACAUCGGCGAAGUGCUGGGUUCAUCGGAUACACCGAACACUGAAUCGCCUGCAGCUGGCACUGUUGCAGGAAGUGGCAGUCACUUUGGCGGUAGUCUGAACAUGUCUACCCCCCAAACCACACAGCCUCCCGCAGAAGAAGAGGAGGAACUUUAG